GAGCCUUGGGAUAGUUCUCUGAAACGAAAAUCCUUAUCGGGGAAAACGAUGCUCUGUUGAAGGGUCAUACGGACCCGAAACGUUAACUGUGCUCCUCUCUGCAGACACUUGAGUUUUUCCAGGUAAAAGUCACAGUUCUGCAGCUAACUUCAUUGCUGAAUACAAUAUUAACUAAUCCAAAGAACCAUCGCCACUGCUUAUCCAUUGAUAGUGGGAGUCAUGUAUUCCAGACGGCGAGGAGUGAAUUUGGGACUUUUUCUGUUACUAAGCCAGAUAAUUCAAGUGGGAUUUGAUAAUAUUCCACCUGCUACACUGAUAACAAUGGCGUUGAAUAUCUAUCUUUUCUUAUCACCAGUUAAGCCAUUAUUGAACGUUUGCACCAGUGUGCAUGAAACCUGGGACAGACAAGAUUGGAGUCGUCUUUUUUAUUCGCCAUUUCACCAUGCUGAUGACUGGCACUUAUAUUUCAACAUGGUGUCUAUGCUAUACAAAGGGAUCAAAUUGGAGCAAAGGCUUGGCACCAGGUGGUUUGCCUACAUUUUGUCUGUGUUCUCUUUAAUAACUGGAGUCGUCUACUUAGCACUGGAGAUGCUCCUAGUAGAAUUAAUGAAGGAUCACUCAUAUAAAUUGCAAUGUGCAGUUGGUUUCUCAGGUGUUUUAUUUGCCCUGAAAGUUGUGAACAACUAUUACAACCCUGGAGACAUCACUUAUGUGUUGGGCUUCCCAGUGCAGAGUCAGUAUGCAUGUUGGGCUGAGUUGAUAGCAAUUCAUUUGAUUGCUCCAGGAUCAUCUUUUGUUGGCCAUCUUUCUGGCAUUCUUGUUGGGUUACUGUACACCAAAGGACCCUUGAAGAAUUUGAUGGAAGUGUGCGCUGAAGGUGUUUCACCAAGCAACUAUCCUAGACAACAAACUAGAUUCAGUAACCAAGGGUACUCUGGUUACAAUGAAUUUAGUUAUGAUGCAUCGGACUACAUGACAAACUAUACUGGAGGAAUGACUGAGGAGGAACAAUUAGAAGAGGCAAUUCGGGCAAGUCUAAAUGAUUAUGGAUCUGCUGCCAGAGAGCGAAUGCCGUUUCAGAAAAGGUUGAGGAGCUACUGAUAUGGUGUUCAAAGUUAGACAACUCCACGAGAAAUGCCAAGAAUGGAACAUGGACCUCUACACUACAUUUGUUGACUUGACCAAGGCCUUCGACACAGUCAGCCAUGAAGGCUUUUGUAAAAUAUUGGAAAAAUGUAAUUGUCCUGAGAAAUUUACCUGUGACUGGGAAUGUCAUUGUGCUACUCAGUCUUCUGUUGUGUUGCACAAAGUGUCACAUAAUUUGGUGUGUCUCUCACCUUUUUAUUUUGUCAUCGUUUUUUUUUAAAUCUGUCUCUGCUCUGCUGCUUCUGGCUCUCUUUCUUUCCUCUUGCACUUCACUCUGACCUUUUUCUAACAAAGUUAUGUAGUAUUUACAACACAGGCCAUUUGGCCCAACUGGUUCGUGCCUUUGUUUAUGCUUCACACAGGCAGCCCUCUUCUAACCCUUUUAACAUAUCUCUCUAAUCCUUUCUCUCCCUCAUGUGCUUAUCUUUGCUCGUUUGUUGGUGCCAUUUCCUUCCCAGAAGAUUGAAUGCUUUGGAUCUUCACCUUUUCUGUCUUUUACUGCCUUUACACAUUCUGCAUAGGUCAACUGCAUCCAGACCAUUACAUCUGUCAUCCAUUUUCUCUGCUUCCCUCUCCUAAGUUUUCCAUCCAUUUUUCCCUCCAGUAACUAUCUUUGGUCACAUCAUGACAGCAGAUAGUAGACAAAGUAUUGUAUCUUUUUGAUGUUAUGCUCUAAUUUCUGUUUUCUUCACUAAUUUCCUCUUUUCUCAGCCAUUUCCAGCAUUCAUUAGUCUUUGUCUAUGAAGGAUAUGCAGAACAUCCUCCUAUAUAUUCAUAUCUCGAAUGCAUUCAGCUCAUCAACAAUCUCUUUAUCCCAUGUUUCUGAGGUAUAUAACAUAGAUGACAAAAUGUAGCACCUCCACAUUCUUUUCCUAAAAUUCUGGUUCAGUUUCUUUGAUGUUAACAUGUCCUUCAUUCUGUCAAAGCUUGUCUUGGCUAACUUGGUUCUCCUUUGGAUCAAGCUCAUCUAACUUCCCCUUAAAUGCAUCUAUGCUUUUUGCCUCAACUUGUGCUAUCCAGUUCCUCAUUCCAGCCACUGUAUCUCCUGAAUCCCUAUUAGAUUUAUUUGUGACUAUUUUAUGUUUAUGGCUCCUAAUUCUGGUCUUGUCUGCAAGGGGAAACAUCUUGUCUAUGUCUACCCUAUCAAACAUUUUGUAAUCUUGAAGACCCAAAUCAGGUCACCUCUUUUCAGGUCUUCUCUUUUCUCCUCUCUUUUCGAGAGUGGAGGGGGUAAUGUUUGGAAUGUAUGUUGUCGUAAGAAAAGGAACUAGGCUGUAUUUUCCACCACUGGUUGCAGAGAAAAUACAAUCUGCAGUCUUCUAGUAACUCUCUUCCCAUUCCCACCCCCAUCCUUUACCCUCCUGCUCCCUCAGUAUCCCUUCAACUUCCUACUAUACCUUUCCCUUUCCACCCACUCAGUCCCAUUUCUUCUAGCUUUAGUUUGAAAUCAAGUACCAGAAAUGAAAAUCACACUGCACUGCUGGCCAUAUUCUGCAUAUAACAUUCAAUAGUGAGUUGCUCAAUGGAAAGCAUUUUUGCGUAUAAUAUGUGAAAUGUCUUUCCUGUAGUGGGCACUUCUUGUACAUCUGACGCUUCCCCUGUCGCAUUUUGCUGAUAAUUCAGUUGUUUUAGGACAAUAUAUUUUCCAACUCAAUGAGAGCAAUACCAGAUAUCUGCCUGUAUAAUAAUAAAAUUUUAAGCAACAAGGAAAAA